CAUCAUUUGUUUAAGGUGUUUGCUGAACCCGGUGAACAAGACAGUAUUAAUUUUACUAGUAAUAAAUUGAAAUCUAGAACACCGAAAACGUAUACAGGUUCAGCUAACAAUUCCUAAUGUCGGAACCAGCGGAAACCGCACCUUUGGGGCAGCCACAGCGACUGUCGGAGGACAGUGAGACCGGUGACGAGCAUGAAUUUGCGAGCGGUGCGCCCACCGUACCGAUCGCAGGUAAGACUGAGGCUGGUCCGUCGAAGCUAGCAAAGCGAUCGAAUGUCGAUUUUCACGACGAGGAACCGGAAGAGAAAAGAGCCGCAGGCGAGCAUACGGCACUGGUGGCGACACAUUACAAUGAGAUUAAGGAAGGAACUCUUGACGAUCGAAGUGACUCGAAAAUAGUUUAUUUGCGAAACUUUAACAAUUGGGUGAAAAGUAUUAUAAUUAACAAAUUUCUUACGAAGGUAAGAGCGACUGUCCCCGAAAGGACUCCCUUGAAAGUGAUGGACAUGUGCUGCGGAAAAGGUGGUGAUUUACGUAAAUGGCAGAAAGGUAACAUUGCUCAUCUGAUCUGCACGGAUAUAGCCGAUGUUAGCUUAGAGCAAUGUGAAAAACGUUAUAAAGAAAUGAAACCGGCGAAGGACGGGAAGCUUUUCACGGCGGAGUUUAUUCAGGCUGAUGCCACUUUGCAGCAGCUAAGAACGAAGUAUGAGGACCCUUCACUUACGCUGCAUGUGGUGAGCUGUCAGUUUGCACUGCACUACGGCUUUGAGUCGCUUAAGCAAGCGGAACGAAUGCUGAAAAAUGCAGCCGAAUGUUUACGGCAGGGUGGGUAUUUCAUCGGCACGAUUGCCGAUGCAAACGAAAUCAUGAAGCGGCAACGGGCAGCUGGUGGGAACGAGUUUGGUAAUGACAUCUACAAAAUUACCUUUUUCUGUGACACUGACAAUCCGCCACUCUUCGGUGCUAAAUACCAUUUCAAAUUGGACGGAGUGGUAGACUGUGCCGAGUUUCUGAUUCACUUUCCGACGCUGGUCAAGCUGGCACGCAAGGUGGGCCUACGGUUUGUCGAGAAAAUGCGGUUUGAUGAGUACUACGAAAAAUCGAUCGGUCAAUGGCAGGUGCUGAGCGAGAGGAUGAACGCACUGGAAACCUAUCCCGGCGAUACGGCAAGGGAUCGUAGCCGUCAGCAGAGCAAACCGGAACAGUACGCGCACGUUCAGCAGUUUUUCGACGGGAAAGCCCCGCCCAAGGUGGGAACGUUAUCCCAGCAGGACUGGGAAGCUUGUACGUUGUAUCUGUAUUUUGCUUUUGAAAAGAUGAAAACUGAAUGGGACGCCAAAGGAAAUCCAGUGUAUUCUUGAGCAACUAGCGCUUACAUUUUGAGUUCAGACAGUGGGCUAUUAGUCCUGAAUUGUUCCUUAUUGUGCAAGCCAGUUUUUUUUGUCAUUGUGUGAGAGUUAUCUAAAUAUUAUUGAAACUGCCUGAUUUUUGUUGUAUGGAAACUUUUUAGGACUUUAAAAUGACGUUUAACCGUGUUUUAGUUUUCGGAGAAUGUAUUUAAUUUGUUUAAUAAACGACAAGUUAUGAAAUUUUGACAAGAAAU